AUGGCUAAUAUGGACGACCUUAAACUUUUGCGCGACGAUCAAGAAGCCAGAGAAUGGAUAUAUAUGGCUAAAGUAAAUGGUUUCAUGUUGUUUUAUGAUUACGAUGAUUUCAUGGAUGUAGAGUUGGUUGAAAAUUCCACUGACAUGAUAAUAAAAAAGGCUGUUUUAAGGUCAUUACAAAAAGUCGUAACUUUGUCAACAUCUAAAUUAAAUAAUCAGUUCUCAUUGAGGCAUGUACUUUUAGAGGUACAAAAGCUUCGUAGAGUUUCAGCCCAUGACAAUGUUUUGAGCUAUAUAGGUUUAACACAAGAGCCUAAUGUUAAUACUGUUACUAUGGUUUUAGAUUAUGCUAAUGAUAAUUUACGAGAUUAUUUAAGUGACAAUGACUUAUCAUGGGCUAAAAAACUCCAACUUGCCAAACAAUUAACAGGUGGAUUAUAUUGUCUACACCAAUAUGAUGUGUAUCAUGGUAAUUUGAGAUCAGACAACAUUGGUAUGACCAAUGGUAGAAUAAGGCUACAUAAUUUUGGACGGUACAAAAAAAUAGAAGAAUCUAAAAAAACUUUGGCUCAAUAUUUUGAAGAAAUACCCUAUUUAGAUCCUCAGCAUCUAAAGAACCCAGAAAAGUUCUUUAGAGAUGAAAUUAUAUCUGAUAUAUAUAGUUUAG